CCGGCAUCUGCCUCUUCUCCCACUUCUUCUCCCUCGUCGCCUUCCCUUUUCUCUCGUUUUAACCCUCCCUCGCUUCGCCUCCUCCGCAUCCGGCUGCCCCUCGCCUCCUCGCCCCCUCGGCGCCCUGGUCCCCGCCGGAGCGCCGUGUCGCCGCCCCGAUCCGGGUGUUCGACGCGAUGCAGCCGCCGAUGAGGAACGAGAGGCCCGCCGCCCCCGGCCGGCCCGUCACCGCCUUCGUGCCCGGCGCCGCCGUCCCGCCGCCGCCGGGGGCGCCCUCGCCGUUCGCUGCCAGUGGCCCGUUCGUGCACCCCGCCGCCGCUGCGCCGCCCCCGUUUGGGGCCGCGCCACCUGCGGCAAUGGGUGGGUACAGGGGUCCCCCGCCGCCUCAGGGCCCCUUCGGCACGGUGCCUCCGUCCCAGGGUCCAUUUGCUGCCGCGCCACCGCCUCAGGGCCCCUUCGCCUCCGCCCCACCGCCUCAGGCCCCAUUCACCUCUGCCCCACCGCCUCAGGGCCCCUUUGCCUCCGCUCCACCGCCUCAGGGCCCCUUUACAUCGGGUCCACCGCCUCAAGGACCCUUCGCCACUGGACCGCCGCCUCAGGGCCCCUUUGCCGUCACUCCGGCACCUUUUCGGCCCCCACUGUCGUCCCUUUCGCAGCCACAAUCUCCCACGGGAGGCGCUACACCUCCACCGCCGUCAUAUGUGAGGCCGCCACCACCAGUACAGUCGCAGCCGCCGCCCAUGCAAGGGUAUUACCCUGGUGCGCCUCCUCCAAACCCUCAAUUCCCGAUGUUGAGGCCAGGGUUUCAACAGCCAAUGCAGACCAUGCCGGCCCCUCCUAUGGGGCCGGCUGCCGCUUUCGGUAAUCAGGCAGCGUAUCCGAGUUCUGGGCCUCCAGUUGGGGGCGCGCUUCAGAGCUUAGUGGAGGACUUCCAGUCGUUGUCACUGAGUUCCGUGCCUGGGUCACUAGACUCUGGUGUUGACUUAAAAGGGCUGCCAAGGCCAUUGGAUGGUGAUGAGGAGCCGAUUAAGGUCUUGGAGGCAUACCCAUUGAACUGCCACCCGAGGUACUUCCGGCUGACAACCCAUGCAAUUCCGGCGUCCCAGUCAUUGGUCUCCAGGUGGCAUUUGCCCCUCGGGGCCGUGAUACACCCUCUUGCAGAAUCACCUGAUGGGGAGGAAGUGCCGGUUAUCAACUUUGGAACUGCUGGUGUCAUCCGUUGUCGAAGAUGCAGGACGUAUAUAAAUCCUUAUGCAACAUUUGCAGAUGCUGGAAGGAAAUGGCGUUGCAAUCUUUGCACGUUGCUCAAUGAUGUUCCUGGAGAGUACUUUUGUGCUCUUGAUGCUAGUGGCAGAAGGUAUGAUACAGAUCAAAGACCUGAACUCUCUAAGGGAACAGUAGAGUUCGUUGCGCCUACAGAAUAUAUGGUGCGGCCACCAAUGCCGCCUUCUUACUUCUUUCUUAUUGAUGUGUCAGUAUCUGCAGUUCGAAGUGGGUUGCUUGAGGUUGUUGCAAAGACCAUCAAAUCAUGCCUCGAUGAACUUGCAGGCUUUCCACGAACACAGAUUGGAUUUUUAACCUUUGAUAGCACCUUGCAUUUUCAUAACUUCAAGUCUUCUUUGUCACAGCCUCAAAUGAUGGUGGUUGCUGAUUUGGAUGAUGUUUUUUUGCCAUUGCCUGAUGACCUUUUGGUUAAUUUGGUUGACUCCAGACAUGUGGUCGAGUCAUUUCUUGAUAGCUUGCCAAAUAUGUUUCAUGACAAUGUAAAUGUCGAGUCGGCUCUUGGUCCGGCACUUAAAGCAGCUUUCAUGGUUAUGAGUCAAAUUGGUGGGAAGUUACUCGUCUUCCAGAGUACAUUGCCAUCUCUCGGUAUUGGUCGUUUGAGACUUAGAGGAGAUGAUGUUCGUGCAUAUGGAACGGAUAAGGAGCACAGUCUGAGGGUACCAGAAGAUCCCUUCUACAAACAGAUGGCUGCUGAAUUCACAAAAAAUCAGAUUGCAGUGGACAUAUUUUCUUUCAGUGAGAAGUAUUCUGAUAUAGCUUCCUUAGGUUCUUUGGCGAAAUAUACUGGUGGUCAGGUGUACCAUUAUCCAUCACUCCAGGCAGCUACACAUGGGGACAAACUUAAACAUGAGCUUAACAGAGAUCUUACACGAGAGAUAGCAUGGGAAUCUGUUAUGCGUAUCAGAUGUGGAAAAGGGAUACGAUUCACAACCUAUCAUGGUCAUUUCAUGCUAAGGUCCACGGACCUGUUAGCCCUUCCAGCUGUUGACUCUGAUAAAGCUUUUGCAAUGCAACUGUCGCUAGAGGAGACCUUAAUGACCACCCAGACUGUAUACUUCCAAGUGGCAUUGCUAUAUACAUCCUCUUCUGGUGAGAGGCGUAUCAGGGUCCACACAGCAGCUGCACCCGUGGUCACAGAUCUUAGUGAAAUGUAUCGUCAAGCAGAUACUGGUGCCAUUGUGUCAUUGUUGGGUAGAAUUGCUGUUGAAAAUUCACUGGCUGAUAAGUUGGACAGUGUUCGACAACAAUUACAGUUAAAGCUUGUGAGAAGUUUGAAGGAAUAUCGGAACCUAUAUGUUGUACAACACCGAAUAGGAGGGAGACUGAUUUAUCCAGAAUCUUUAAGAUUCUUACCAUUAUACAUCCUUGCCAUCUGCAAAUCUCUUGCUCUCCGUGGAGGUUACGCAGAUGUCUCUCUUGAUGAGCGUUGUGCUGCUGGUUUCAGCAUGAUGAUACUGCCUGUAAAAAAGCUGCUCAAUUUUAUCUACCCUUCUCUGUAUAGGAUUGAUGAAGCAUUGACAAUGGAACCAGAUAGGAUCGAUGGUUCCUUGAAGCGAUUGCCACUAACCAUGCAGUGUUUAGAUACUGGAGGUGUAUACCUCCUUGAUGAUGGCUUCACUUUCCUAGUAUGGUUAGGUAGGAUGCUCCCACCUGAACUCGUGAACAACAUUCUUGGAGUCAGCUUGGCAAACUUCCCUGAUCUAUCAAAGAUUCAGUUGAGAGAAUGUGGCAACGAGUACUCAAGAAAUUUCAUGAAAAUACUAAGAAUCCUACGGGAGAAGGAUCCAUCUUAUUACCAGCUAUGCCGUGUUGUGCGACAGGGUGAACAGCCAAGAGAAGGCUUUUUGCUUCUGUCUAACCUUGUUGAGGACCAAAUGGCUGGAACAAGCAGUUAUGUCGAUUGGAUACUGCAAAUUCACCGUCAAACACAAAGCUAAUGGUGAUGAACGAACAGGAAGUGACCCUCCGAAUUUUUGCCUUAUUGUAAACUGCUGCAGAAUGUAGAUCCCGUUGCUGCCAGUUCCUAAUCGUUCUCACAAGACCAUCAGAUCUUAUUUGCAAUUCAGCGUUCCGAUGUCUGUCCUGUAAGCAGCAUGAGGCUGGCACGCAAAGCUUUUAUUGUCAAUAUUUGUCCUUGUGAUUAUUUUUUCCCUGCAGAGUGAGAAUACAGCUGUUGUAUCAGAAUAAGUAGGCAAACAUACUCGUUGGUCAAUUAUACAACUGAGUCGUGUAGCGGUCUGUACGUUUAUUAAUCUUGUUUUAUUUCUUGUUCAGAAUUCGAGUCGGGUUCAAUUGCUUGGGCGUCGGGGUUCUCAAAA